GAAUGCAACACCAGUGCUGAGAGAGCGUGCGAGAGAGCAGCCGCGCCUGCCCGCCGAGGACGCUCGUGUCUGCUGGCUGAUCGGAGGGCUCCUUCUAUCCGCCUCGCACCCCGAGACAGACGCAGCAGGCUCACGUCUGGGAGACACGGACGAGGCCAGCCUCUGCAGUGGAACUUUGACGGGUGGUAAUGCCCGAGCUUGGUGUUCCAGCGAAAUCGCUCCCUCACCUGUAGUCUCCUACAUCUGGAGGACGUGCGCAAGGGGAAUCUUCGUGCGGCUCAUCCGCAGGCCACCACAGCACCGGCUGCAUGGGGGUUCUAGUGUGUUGCGACUGCUUCUUUUAUAGGAAGUCCAAAACGAAGCCCAAUGGGAAGAAAACUCCUGCCGAGGAGAAGAAGCACUACUUGGAGCCGGAAUACACUAAAGUACGGGUGGUGGACUCCGACCUCAAAGAGCUGGUGGUGCUACCCAGAGAGAUAGACCUCAAUGAAUGGCUGGCCAGCAACACGACAACAUUCUUCAAUCUCAUCAACCUACAGUACAGCACAAUCUCUGAGUUUUGUACCGGAGACACAUGUCAGUCCAUGACGGCCUGUAACACAAUAUACUACUGGUAUGAUGAAAAGGGGAAGAAGUCCAAGUGUACAGCACCUCAGUAUGUGGACUUCGUCAUGAGCUUAGUACAGAAACUAGUGACAGAUGAAGACAUUUUUCCAACAAAAUAUGGUAAAGAGUUUCCUAACUCCUUCGAGUCUCUGGUGAAGAAGAUCUGCCGCUACCUGUUCCACGUGCUGGCACACAUCUACUGGGCGCACUUUAAGGAGACGGUGGCGCUGGAGCUGCAAGGACACUUGAACACGCUCUACGCACAUUUCAUCGUCUUCGUGAGGGAGUUCAACCUGGUCGACCCCAAGGACAUGUGCGUCAUGGACGACCUGUCAGAGGUGCUGUGCACUCCCCUUCCCCCGAACGCACAACAGAACCACGUGACCGAGAGAUGAGGCGCCCGCCGACCGGCCGAGCCCCUUGGCAAAGACGAGGAGGAUGAAGGGGGAGGCACUGCCCUUGGAAGGGUCGGACUGCUGGCAGGACUCACGGACCCUUUGGCAUCCGGAUCACUUUUUUACCACCAUAAGCGAAUCAGAGGUGGGCAGAGACAGGGAAGGUAGAGCCACCAACCAGCACCUGCUGGUGAAGAAUUGCCCCCCCCCCGGCUGAAAGAUGAAUAAUAAUAUUAAUAAUAUUAAUAAUGCCACCACCUGUCUACCUUGCAAUCUUAACUAGGAACAAUGUUUGUUUUUAUUUGCUUUUAAUGUUUGGGUUCUAUUUUAUUCUUUUUUUUAUUUCUGCACAUUCUUGGAGGGUGUGUGUUUUUUAAGGGGAUGGUGUUUUGCAUUUGGCCCUUGGGUAUGUUCAAUAUGCAAGUCUAAGGUGAUGUUUCCUCAUUUACUAGAGAGAGAGAAAAUGAAUCUCUAGCUCCCCCUUCUGGAGGAUCAGUUUCAAAAACGUGCCAACUGCUCUGACUGGGACUUAAACACUCCCUCAGUGAGCGGCUCCACCCUGUCCAUUGUUCCCUGCACAUCGUGUGUCAAUCACCAGAAGUGAAAGUGUACACGUGUCCAGCCUGCUUUGUGUAAUGAGAUGGAGCUAUUGGUGAUGUGGGUAGAUGGCACAGGCAGCUUCUAGCCUGCUCUGUAGAUCUUGGUACAGGACCAGAGAUCUCUGUGGGCCCACUUCAUGUAGACACUCGGCUACAGGGAUGCAGAGAAAUCGGCCGAUGGAUCUGCCUUGUACUGAUGAGGAUGCAUACUCUAGGAUCGCAAACUUUUUUCUUCCUUUUUUUUUGGUUUUCUUUUUAUCAAAGAGGUCAUGGAAAUGAUAGAGCAACCUACAAGUGUGUAGAACAUGCACAUUCUGCUUGCAAUUCUAAGAAAUAGAUUGUAACUAUAUAAAUACAUCGCAAGUGGGUUAUUUCAAAAUAGCCUCUAUGGGGGAGCUUUGUCUCCUUUUAUUUAUUUUGACUUCUUAUUUGCAGGGUUCUUCAGUUCUGGCUUUCUUUUACAUAUUUUAAUUAUCUAAGUUAAAGCAAUUAUUUUAAGCUCUGCAAAUUAUAAUCUAAUAAAAGGAGAAAAUGCC